AUGGAAUUGGAAGCCUUCAAUUCUUCCAAUCCAAUCUUCUUCACUCCAAUCAAAAAUAUUGAAUGUCCCAUCAAAAAUGACAAGAACUUACUAGAAAAGCCCAACGAAUACAAUAAUCUUACUGGAAGAACUCAUCGAAAAACAGUGAAUUUACUGGAAAAACCCGAUGAAGAACUUACUGGAAGAACCCAAAGAAAGCCGACAAAUGAACUUAUCUGGAACAUCUACAAA